AUGUUACAAGUGGCGAAGGUUCAUAAGAAGGAGCCCGAUCACAGUUGUAGUUGUAGUGAACACCAACAAAAAGAGGUGCAUAAAACGGUAACUCCACACCAACGAAAAGAGGUGCACAAAACGCCUCCGAUAUCCCAGUACCAGUUGUGGCUAUGGAUGAGACAUCAGAAAUUGGGAACUUUGGGAAGUUUGCAAUUGCCCGAUGUAGACUUAAAAGAACUGGAGAAAUUAAAGCCUCCAAUGUCCGAGGUUGAGUUUGAAGCUUGGCUGAAGGAUCAUAAGAAGAAGUCUGAAGAUGGUUUGAAUAUACCUGAUGUCGACGUGGACAUAAAAUACACAGAUAACAUCACGCCUCCAAUAUCCCAGUACCAGUUGUGGCUAUGGAUGAGACAUCAGAAAUUGGGAACUUUGGGAAGUUUGCAAUUGCCCGAUGUAGACUUAAAAGAACUGGAGAAAUUAAAGGUAAUCCACACCUCCAAUAUCCAGUACCAGUUGUGGCUAUGGAUGAGACAUCAGAAAUUGGGAACUUUGGGAAGUUUGCAAUUGCCCGAUGUAGACUUAAAAGAACUGGAGAAAUUAAAGCCUCCAAUGUCCGAGGUUGAGUUUGAAGCUUGGCUGAAGGAUCAUAAGAAGAAGUCUGAAGAUGGUUUGAAUAUACCUGAUGUCGACGUGGACAUAAAAUACACAGAUAACAUCACGCCUCCAAUAUCCCAGUACCAGUUGUGGCUAUGGAUGAGACAUCAGAAAUUGGGAACUUUGGGAAGUUUGCAAUUGCCCGAUGUAGACUUAAAAGAACUGGAGAAAUUAAAGCCUCCAAUGUCCGAGGUUGAGUUUGAAGCUUGGCUGAAAGAUCAUAAGAAGAAGUCUGAAGAUGGUUUGAAUAUACCUGAUGUCGACGUGGACAUAAAAUACACAGAUAACAUCACGCCUCCAAUAUCCCAGUACCAGUUGUGGCUAUGGAUGAGACAUCAGAAAUUGGGAACUUUGGGAAGUUUGCAAUUGCCCGAUGUAGACUUAAAAGAACUGGAGAAAUUAAAGCCUCCAAUGUCCGAGGUUGAGUUUGAAGCUUGGCUGAAGGAUCAUAAGAAGAAGUCUGAAGAUGGUUUGAAUAUACCUGAUGUCGACGUGGACAUAAAAUACACAGAUAACAUCACGCCUCCAAUAUCCCAGUACCAGUUGUGGCUAUGGAUGAGACAUCAGAAAUUGGGAACUUUGGGAAGUUUGCAAUUGCCCGAUGUAGACUUAAAAGAACUGGAGAAAUUAAAGCCUCCAAUGUCCGAGGUUGAGUUUGAAGCUUGGCUGAAGGAUCAUAAGAAGAAGUCUGAAGAUGGUUUGAAUAUACCUGAUGUCGACGUGGACAUAAAAUACACAGAUAACAUCACGCCUCCAAUAUCCCAGUACCAGUUGUGGCUAUGGAUGAGACAUCAGAAAUUGGGAACUUUGGGAAGUUUGCAAUUGCCCGAUGUAGACUUAAAAGAACUGGAGAAAUUAAAGCCUCCAAUGUCCGAGGUUGAGUUUGAAGCUUGGCUGAAGGAUCAUAAGAAGAAGUCUGAAGAUGGUUUGAAUAUACCUGAUGUCGACGUGGACAUAAAAUACACAGAUAACAUCACGCCUCCAAUAUCCCAGUACCAGUUGUGGCUAUGGAUGAGACAUCAGAAAUUGGGAACUUUGGGAAGUUUGCAAUUGCCCGAUGUAGACUUAAAAGAACUGGAGAAAUUAAAGCCUCCAAUGUCCGAGGUUGAGUUUGAAGCUUGGCUGAAGAUCAUAAGAAGAAGUCUGAAGAUGGGUAGGAAACAUUUUUAUAGAGCUGUGGCCAGAUUUUUGAAUAUACCUGAUGUCGACGUGGACAUAAAAUACACAGAUAACAUCACGCCUCCAAUAUCCCAGUACCAGUUGUGGCUAUGGAUGAGACAUCAGAAAUUGGGAACUUUGGGAAGUUUGCAAUUGCCCGAUGUAGACUUAAAAGAACUGGAGAAAUUAAAGCCUCCAAUGUCCGAGGUUGAGUUUGAAGCUUGGCUGAAGGAUCAUAAGAAGAAGUCUGAAGAUGGUUUGAAUAUACCUGAUGUCGACGUGGACAUAAAAUACACAGAUAACAUCACGCCUCCAAUAUCCCAGUACCAGUUGUGGCUAUGGAUGAGACAUCAGAAAUUGGGAACUUUGGGAAGUUUGCAAUUGCCCGAUGUAGACUUAAAAGAACUGGAGAAAUUAAAGCCUCCAAUGUCCGAGGUUGAGUUUGAAGCUUGGCUGAAGGAUCAUAAGAAGAAGUCUGAAGAUGGUUUGAAUAUACCUGAUGUCGACGUGGACAUAAAAUACACAGAUAACAUCACGCCUCCAAUAUCCCAGUACCAGUUGUGGCUAUGGAUGAGACAUCAGAAAUUGGGAACUUUGGGAAGUUUGCAAUUGCCCGAUGUAGACUUAAAAGAACUGGAGAAAUUAAAGCCUCCAAUGUCCGAGGUUGAGUUUGAAGCUUGGCUGAAGGAUCAUAAGAAGAAGUCUGAAGAUGGUUUGAAUAUACCUGAUGUCGACGUGGACAUAAAAUACACAGAUAACAUCACGCCUCCAAUAUCCCAGUACCAGUUGUGGCUAUGGAUGAGACAUCAGAAAUUGGGAACUUUGGGAAGUUUGCAAUUGCCCGAUGUAGACUUAAAAGAACUGGAGAAAUUAAAGCCUCCAAUGUCCGAGGUUGAGUUUGAAGCUUGGCUGAAGGAUCAUAAGAAGAAGUCUGAAGAUGGUUUGAAUAUACCUGAUGUCGACGUGGACAUAAAAUACACAGAUAACAUCACGCCUCCAAUAUCCCAGUACCAGUUGUGGCUAUGGAUGAGACAUCAGAAAUUGGGAACUUUGGGAAGUUUGCAAUUGCCCGAUGUAGACUUAAAAGAACUGGAGAAAUUAAAGCCUCCAAUGUCCGAGGUUGAGUUUGAAGCUUGGCUGAAGGAUCAUAAGAAGAAGUCUGAAGAUGGUUUGAAUAUACCUGAUGUCGACGUGGACAUAAAAUACACAGAUAACAUCACGCCUCCAAUAUCCCAGUACCAGUUGUGGCUAUGGAUGAGACAUCAGAAAUUGGGAACUUUGGGAAGUUUGCAAUUGCCCGAUGUAGACUUAAAAGAACUGGAGAAAUUAAAGCCUCCAAUGUCCGAGGUUGAGUUUGAAGCUUGGCUGAAGGAUCAUAAGAAGAAGUCUGAAGAUGGUUUGAAUAUACCUGAUGUCGACGUGGACAUAAAAUACACAGAUAACAUCACGCCUCCAAUAUCCCAGUACCAGUUGUGGCUAUGGAUGAGACAUCAGAAAUUGGGAACUUUGGGAAGUUUGCAAUUGCCCGAUGUAGACUUAAAAGAACUGGAGAAAUUAAAGCCUCCAAUGUCCGAGGUUGAGUUUGAAGCUUGGCUGAAGGAUCAUAAGAAGAAGUCUGAAGAUGGUUUGAAUAUACCUGAUGUCGACGUGGACAUAAAAUACACAGAUAACAUCACGCCUCCAAUAUCCCAGUACCAGUUGUGGCUAUGGAUGAGACAUCAGAAAUUGGGAACUUUGGGAAGUUUGCAAUUGCCCGAUGUAGACUUAAAAGAACUGGAGAAAUUAAAGCCUCCAAUGUCCGAGGUUGAGUUUGAAGCUUGGCUGAAAGAUCAUAAGAAGAAGUCUGAAGAUGGUUUGAAUAUACCUGAUGUCGACGUGGACAUAAAAUACACAGAUAACAUCACGCCUCCGAUAUCCCAGUACCAGUUGUGGCUAUGGAUGAGACAUCAGAAAUUGGGAACUUUGGGAAGUUUGCAAUUGCCCGAUGUAGACUUAAAAGAACUGGAGAAAUUAAAGCCUCCAAUGUCCGAGGUUGAGUUUGAAGCUUGGCUGAAGGAUCAUAAGAAGAAGUCUGAAGAUGGUUUGAAUAUACCUGAUGUCGACGUGGACAUAAAAUACACAGAUAACAUCACGCCUCCAAUAUCCCAGUACCAGUUGUGGCUAUGGAUGAGACAUCAGAAAUUGGGAACUUUGGGAAGUUUGCAAUUGCCCGAUGUAGACUUAAAAGAACUGGAGAAUGUUAAGACUCAAAUGUCUGAGCUUGAGUUUGAAGCUUGGCUGAAGGACUAUAAGAAGAAGCCUGAAGAUGGGUAG